AUGCUCAGUCGUUUAGUUAGCUCGGUAUCACGCAGAACUCUUCAGCGCUCAUUUGCAGCCAAAAAUAUAAAAUUCGGCAGAGACGCAAGAGCUCUCAUGCUUGAGGGCUGCAACAAACUAGCUGAUGCAGUCCAAGUGACUCUCGGCCCAAGAGGAAGAAAUGUUGUCAUCGACAAACAAUUCGGCGCUCCUAAAAUCACAAAAGAUGGUGUCACAGUUGCAAAGGAAGUCGAGCUCGCUGACAGAUAUCAGAACAUUGGUGCUCAGCUUGUAAAACAAGUAGCCAGCAGAACCAAUGAAAUCGCAGGAGAUGGGACAACCACUGCUACUGUUUUGGCAAGAGCCAUCUUCGCUGAAGGUGUCAAGUCAGUUGCUUCAGGAGUUAAUCCUAUGGGAAUCCGACGUGGUAUCUUGAAAGCAGUCGAUACAAUUGUUAAAGAUUUACAUAAGAGAUCAAUAAAAAUCAAUGACACAAAUUCCAUCCGCAACGUAGCCACUAUUUCAGCUAAUGGAGACACAGCUAUUGGAAAUUUGCUUGCAGAAGCCAUGGAUAAAGUUGGAAAAGACGGCACCCUCACAGUCCAGGACGGGAAGACUCUGCAUAACGAGCUCGAAGUUGUUGAAGGCAUGAGAUUCGACAGAGGAUACAUUUCUCCUUAUUUCGUGACUGACUCAAAAACACAAAAGGUCGAGAUGGAGAACCCUCUUAUUUUGCUGACAGACAAGAAAGUCUCUACCAUUCAGUCAAUUCUUCCACAUCUUGAAUUUGCCAUGAAGACUGGGAGAGCUAUUCUUAUCAUUGCUGAAGAUGUUGAAAGUGAAGUUUUGGCCACAUUGGUCGUUAACAAACUCAGAGGAGGCCUCAAAGUUUGUGCAGUCAAAGCACCUGGAUUCGGUGACAACAGAAAGAACACAUUAGUUGAUAUCUCAGUCCUCUGUGGAGCCAACCUUGUUUCAGAAGAAGUCGGAGUCACUUUGGAAUCUUCUGAGCCAACUGUUAUGGGAACUGCCAAGAAAGUUGUGAUUACCAAAGAUGACACCUUAAUUCUUGAUGGAUCUGGUGACAAAGAAGCAAUAAAGGAAAGAGUUGAACAAAUCAGACAGCAAAUUGAAAUCACUAAGAGCGACUAUGACAAGGAAAAACUCCAAGAGAGACUUGCUAAGCUUGUAGGAGGAGUCGCUGUCAUUAAAGUUGGAGGAGGAUCUGAAGUAGAAGUCGGAGAAGUCAAAGACAGAAUCACUGACGCCUUAAAUGCUACCAAAGCUGCAGUCGAAGAAGGAAUCGUUGUAGGAGGAGGUGCAGCUCUUUUAUACGCAUCAAAGAAGCUUAAAGCUAUCAAGAAAGAAUCAGACCCAGACGAACAAAUUGGCAUCAAGAUGGUCGAGAACGCUUGCAAGGUGCCUUUGAUGACAAUUGUUGAGAACGCUGGAAGAGACGGAAGCGGAGUUGUUGACUACUUGUUGGAGCUUGGCGACGAGUCCAUUGGGUAUGAUGCAGUCUCCCACGAGUACGUGAACAUGGUCAAAGUCGGCAUUGUGGACCCAACCAAGGUGGUUAGAACUGCUCUUGAAGACGCCUCAAGCGUAGCUGCUUUAAUGACAACCACUGAAGCCAUGAUUGUAGACAUCCCAGAAAAGGAGCCAGCACCUGCAGGCGGCAUGGGCGGUAUGGGCGGCAUGGGUGGCAUGGGAGGAAUGUACUAA